CAGACUUCCUGAUCUUAAGUAGCUGAGUGGCCAAAUGUAGAUAAAAUAUACCUUUGAAACCUACUAUGCAGUUGUCACAAUAGGGUUAGUUUACAUUCGUAUUUACUUAUCGUUUAUUCUAUACGCUAGUAUGAAGAAAAUAAAAACUUUGUGCUAGCUUUUCCAGCGCAGAUUGUAAAAGGAUAUCAUGGACUGGUGCUGUCCCGGGCGAGUAUCUAAGCUACAAGGGGAAUUUACUUUUCAUCAUCAAAUAACCAGUCAUGGCAAAACCUAAACUUUGGUGGCAAGAGUACAGACGCAAGCAAUACAAGCUCCUCCCCGUGAGCAUAGAAUUGAUCCUGCGCAAGAGUGUCGGGGACGUCACCAAGGAGUACAUGUCUCAGUCGUCACUCUCUUGCGUUCAGCAAAUCGGCGAUUCAGGGAUGUCUGCCAAACGCAGGACAGUCCAACUAAUCUACUUCUGCUUUAUGGUCGCGUUGAUCACCUACGGCCUUUGGAACAUGGACACCAACAUCUUGGCUAAACCUCUGAUAGUAACCAUGGAGUCUUCUACCUAUCCCAUCGCAAAGAUUGACUUUCCAGCAGUGGCCAUCUGCAAUGUAAACAGGAUUAGUAAGAAGGCGAUGCACAAUUUUUCAGCCAGCGUAUACCCAUAUGUAGCCCUGCAUAACGAAUCUUUGGACGAGGUGAAGUGGUGGCACCACCAAUAUGGCCGGCUCCUGGACUUCACGUGGAACGAGAGUCUUAACACCCAUCCUUUCAUGAACAUACGGUCCAAGUACCAUAUCAAAUCUAGUGAGAUUUCCAAAUUGAUGAUGAGGGUGGCACCGAAAUGCGAGGAAAUUGUGCUAAGAUGUUAUUGGGCGGCCGAGGAGCACAACUGUUCGGAGUUGUUCGUGGUGAGACGCACGUUCAGGGGACACUGCUGUGUCUUCAAUUACGUGUUGGAUCACAAUGCUGGUGGCAGACCAGUAAAUACUAUAUCCGAAACGAAGCGGCAAGUGGAGCCAGGAGUGUCAGCUGGUCUUCUGGUAGUGCUGGAUACCAAACUUGAAGACUAUGAAUAUCCUUUACACAAUAUACAGGGGUUUGACGUAUUUCUCUUCAACCCUCUCGCGUAUCCAGACCCUUAUGUCGGCAGGAUAGUCCAUCGGGUGCUGGAGGUCGAUAAAUCAAUGUACAUGGAACUGAAGUCGGUGAAACAAAUAGCCACGGAUGAGGUCAGGAAAUAUCCUUGGCACACGAGAAACUGCCUGUUUCGAGAUGAGAACCCUAAUUAUGGGAACAUGUAUUCAUAUAGCACGUGCCUCAUUCACUGUAGGAUCAAGAUUGUGCAGUCCCUGUGCAAAUGUACCCCUUACUUCUUGCCGGCUGAUAUCGACGACACGGAAUUGUGUACUUUGGAGAAUCUGCGUUGUCUUAACAAGUAUAAAGAGAAACUCCUUUACAUUUACCCUUUAACUGGAAACACAGAAGGGCUGGAGGUGGAAGUGCAGGACUCCAUGUAUUGUCCCGACUGCCUACCAGACUGUGAGUUCACUAAACAUUCCACAAGAGUCUCCAAAUUGCCAUUGUUUAUCAGCGAAUGGCAAAACAAAGAAAUAUGGAGGCUCGCUUUGUCAAACACAAACAAGAGCGGCAAAAGCUUCUUGUCAAUAUAUCAGUCUACGACGGAUGGAGUCUUAGAUCGUCUGGACGUAGUCUCCUAUUGGUUCGAAAUACUCAGUAGCUUCGGAGGAUUCGCCGGUUUGGUCGUAGGCUUUUCACUCAUCAGUGUACAUGAAAUUAUAUAUUUCUUCAGUAUCCGCUUAUUUCAACAAAUCUAUGUUAACUUUAAACGUUAUCGUUAAAUAAGCUUAGCACAAAAGUUUUAUCUCUGUCUAAUUUAUUACUUAACUAGCUUUUACCCGCCGCUCCGCCCGCACUUAUUUAACGCCAUCUACAAAAAAAUAUUUUUUCAUUCUAUGGAAACCGGGAAUGAAUGGU